AUGAAGAACGGAACGCUUUCAGACGCGAAGGCAACCACAAAGUCAGAUGAGACAGACGAAUCCGAUACACGGACCCUUUCGCCAGGUACUGUCCACUCCAUGACCCCGGAGAAAGACGAGGCGGCUACAACCAUAUCCACGGGUCUUGAGAGCAAGAUAAGCACCCUGAAACGAACUACUGGCAACUCCGGAAUGUCUGCGGCCAUUGCAGAGUAUGUUGGAGAACGUCAGCGAAAUAGUUCUCCCGACCUUGAUCCCAUUUCUGCAUCGAGAUCACCAAGCGCCAAUAUCGAGCCCCCCUACAGCACGCGUUUCACCAAUCAUCGAUUCGCUUGUAAGAAACCGGGGCUCUUAAGUCUAGCCUCAUUUUUUUAA